CUCUACUUUCUUGGGUCUGCCGUUAGCCGCUGCACACAGGCGAUGUGUGUCCUGAAGAAUUUUUUUAAGGAGAAAGCAGUGACCAAGUUCAGACCCUAUGAAGUUCAGGACCUUCUACAGCACCUGGUCUCCAGUCGUUCUUCAACAUCGUCAGCUAAUCAGGGGGAGGAAACCCAGACGCCCCACUUGGGCAACCCCACUCAAAAAAGUCUGGACACGCCACUGACUCAGGAGCCUGUGGCGGGUCCGUCUGGAGGCCAGCAGCUACGUCAGCUCCUCCAAGAGGCCCUGCAGAUAUUACAGGAGGAGGGCACUGUGUUCCGCAAGGUCAGGUCCCAGGAUGAAGUCUAUCAUGUGACUGAACAGGACAAAGGCCUGCUCAUCGCUGUCAAAGAUGUUAUCAGGAAGGACUCGAGGACAGAGAAGUAUGCAGAGAAGGGUUGCCACAUCCUGCAUAUCCUUUCUGCGGUGAGGCAGUGCUACAGUCCUAAUGUGAGCAAAGCAGCAGUGGAGCGCAUCCUCAACUCUCUGGAGAGCAACAGUGACAUCAUCAGCACCAGUGACAGCCAUUACACAAUAUUCGGACAAACAACAUCAUUGGGACAAUCAUAAGAAAACAUUAACCAGAUAUUACUGUAUUAAGCUGAUGUAUACAUUGCAUAGCCUAAAUCUAUUAAUAUUUUUUUUAAUUUGUUCUUGGUUACAGGGA